CAAACUGAGACAAAUUUUGGUCCAUUAAUAUUUAUUACAGGCAUUCUCUGCUCUUAGAACAAACGGAAACGGUAGAUUUCUAUUCCGACGGUUCGCUGCCGGCAUGUCAUCGAACAGUCUGCGAUGACAACCUUCGACCCUUUGUUAUGGAAAAGAGAAGAAGGGAAACAACGGCCCGGAGGAGGCAACAGGCAACGGAGAAAAAAUAGUAAACGUCACUACUGUGAGUUGGAAGUUAUGGUGGAAGUAGGAAAAAAGUGACACAAAUUCAAUUUACCCAAAGAAAUUCGCUCGCCUGGUGCCCGUCCCGUGCUCCGUUGGCCAGCUGUUGGCCCCCUGGCAACAAUGUCACCACCUGGGAAUGGAAUAUUCGUCGUGCGGGGUGAAAUGUCCACCCUGACGACGGCAAUGCGCCGCGGGUCAAGGUGGAGCUUCAACACGUACCAGGACGAUGACAAGGAUGUGCUGUUGAAGAGUUUCCAGGAGCUAAAAGAGGUGCUGCUCCAGGUGGAAGAUCUUCGCCUGGUGGAACCGAACGCGUUUCUCGCGCCGUUUCUGGACGUGAUACGAUCGGAAGAAACGACGGGCCCCGUCACCAGCCUUGCCCUGUCAGCCGUGAACAAAUUUUUGUCCUAUGGGCUGAUCGACCCAACACACUCGACGCUUGCUGCCACGGUGGAAAAUAUUGCCGAUGCGGUGACGCAUGCACGGUUCGUCGGUACGGAUCAAACCUCGGACGGGGUGGUACUGAUGAAGAUCAUACAGGUGCUACGCACGCUGGUGCUCAGCCCGGAGGGCAGUGCACUGUCGGAUGAGAGUAUGUGCGACAUCAUACUAAGCUGCUUUCGGUUGUGCUUCGAGCCACGGCUGAAUGAAUUGGUGCGACGGACGGCGGAAAAUGCGCUGAAGGAUAUUGUACUGCUGCUGUUCAUGCGGUUGCCGCAGUUCGUGGAAGGUGGCAGCUACAACACACUGAAGACGCUGAAAAUGCGUUCCAGCUCGAUGGAUCAAUCCGGCAAGCGAAGAAAGUACAGCAAAUCGAGCAUGAAAGAAGAAGCCAAGCCUGCCGCCACAACCGUACCUAGCUCUACUGCAACAGUUCAGCCAGCGGUGCCGAAGAUUGUGACACCGGCCUGUGCGGAGGAUGCAGCAAAUCAGCAAACCGGAUCGGGAGAGGAACCAGUCACACCGGUAAUGCUUACGGCGCCCAACCGGCUCAAGCCCCUACCACUGUCCACCACACCAGCCACCCCGGCGGGAGUUAUUGUGGAUUUGCAGGGCUCUAUUUCUCAAACGCCCAAAGCUCCUGCAACGUCGGAAGCGUCAGUAACAACGGCCGAAGAUGGCAGUUCCGUCGUUGAGAGCGAACAGGAAGCGGCUCCACUGCAGACGACCGACGAACCGGCACCAACCGAUCCAUCGUUUGUGAAUUCUGUUGGCGUUCGUUUUACGUCCCAGCAGCAGGACGAGGAGAUUCCGCCGGUAGCGGGCGCGCCAUCCGUGUCACACGUCCCAUAUGGUCUGCCGUGCAUACGGGAGCUGUUCCGUUUCCUGAUUUCCCUCUGCAAUCCAAUGGACAAGCAAAAUGGGGACGUUAUGAUUCACAUGGGGUUGACGCUGCUGACGGUAACGUUCGAGGUGGGCGCCGACAGCAUCGGUCGGUACGAUUCGUUGCUCGCGAUCGUGAAGGACGAUCUGUGUCGCAAUCUGUUCGCACUGCUCGCCACCGAACGGAUAUCGAUCUUUGCUGCCGGGCUGCAGCUUUCGUUUCUGCUGUUUGAAUCGCUCCGGGCGCAGCUAAAGUUCCAGCUCGAGCACUACCUCACCCGGGUGGCGGACAUGAUCAUGAACGACAGCCCCCGGAUACUGUACGAGGCGCGGGAGCUGGCCAUGGAUAAUCUGCUGCAGCUGUGGCGCAUACCGGGCUUUGCAGCCGAGCUGUACAUCAACUACGAUUGCGAUCUGUACUGCUCCAAUCUGUUCGAGGACCUAACCAAGCUGCUGUCGAAAAAUACGCUCUCGGCAACGCAGGCCAUCUACAGCAUCCACACGCUGUCGAUGGACGCACUGCUGACGAUCGUCGAAUCGAUCGAAAGGAAUUGCGUGCAAGCGAAAAAUGGCCAGAAACCGAAAUACAUGCGACACUCGCGAAACAAUUCCUAUGCUACGGCGAAGCUCGUGCUAGAUGCGUCCGCCGGGAUUGGUACGCCACCGCCGGCACCGGCGCCGCCACCGCCUGCCCGGGACACCAGUGGGCAGGUAGCGCUCGAGCUGGAGGAAGCUGACCCGGAAGAUCCGUGCGGUACUGCAGAACCGGCCGUACUAGUGGAGAAUAUUAGCAAAUUUCUACACUCUAGUCAGGGUGAUCGAUUAAGCCGGGGAGCGAUCGUUGGUGGCGCGUCCGGUGGCGAUGAGCCCACCGUCGACGGUGCAACCCUUCCCGAAGCAUCGCCACAGAAGCUAACGCACGAAGAGCUAGCGGCGAUCAAGCGCAAGAAGCGCCUGCUCACGCAGGGAACUGAUCUGUUCAAUCAGCGACCCGAGAAGGGCAUACAAUUUCUGCAGGAAAAUGGACUGCUGAACGCGGUGCUCGAUCCACAGGAGGUGGCCCAGUUUUUGCGUGAAAAUUCGGGCCUGGACAAGAAGAUGAUUGGCGAGUACAUUAGCAAGAAGAAGAACGUGGAAAGCCGCAUCCUGGAGGUGUUUGUGAAAUCGUUCGACUUUGCCGGAUUGACCAUCGAUCAGGCGCUUCGGCUGUACCUGGAAACGUUCCGGUUGCCCGGUGAAGCGCCGCUGAUUUCGCUCGUGAUGGAACAUUUCGCCGACCAUUGGCAUGAAUGCAACAACGAACCGUUCGCCAACACGGACGCUGCCUUCCGUCUGGCGUACGCAGUGAUCAUGCUCAACAUGGAUCAACACAACCACAAUGCGAAGCGCCUCAACGUACCGAUGACGGUCGAUGAUUUCCUGCGCAAUCUGCGCGGUUUAAAUGGGAAUUCGGACUUUGAUCAGGACAUGCUUUCCAAAAUUUACCAUUCGAUAAGAAACGAAGAAAUCAUCAUGCCCGCCGAACAGACGGGGUUAGUGCGCGAGAACUACCUAUGGAAGGUGCUGCUGCGCCGUGGAGCAACGAAGGACGGUAUCUUCCACCACGUCUUUGGCCCACAGCACGACCGGGAGCUGUAUCGCGUUAUUCAGGGCUCAACGCUGGCCGCGCUCAGCUUCGUGUUCGACAAAUCGCUCGAUAACGUGCCACUGUACCAGAAAGCCAUCGGCGGCUUCAUGAAGUCGGCCGCCAUUGCAGCACAUUUCCAGCUGCACGGUGACUUUGACGCACUCGUCCUAACGCUGUGCAAGUUUACGACGCUCCUAACGCCACCGCCGAACGAUGCGAACGAAAUCGCGGCCAGCGUUAUGUUUGGCCAGAACGUAAAGGCCCAGCUCGCCAUGCGCACCGUGUUCGGGCUGAUACACGAGCAUGGCGAUUGUAUGCGCGAGGGCUGGCGGCACACGACGGACGUGCUGUUGCAGCUGUUCAAGCUGAAGCUGCUGCCCAAAUCCCUAAUGGAGGCGGAAGAUUUCUGCGAAGCGAGCGGCAAGGUGACGCUGCUGCGCGAACCGAACCCGCUGCCCAAGACGGAAGCGGGGCUGUUCAGCUCGCUGUAUUCGUACCUGGCGAACGACGGCCAACGGCAACCUUCGUACGAAGAGCAGGAAGUGAUCAAACUGUCGCGCAAGUGCAUUCGCGACUGCCAGAUCGAGCAGAUCGUGAACGAGUCCAAGUUUUUGCAGCUAGAAUCGCUCGAGGAGCUUAUCGGAUGCUUGCUGGCGAUGAUCGUACCACCGGAGGCGCACAAAUCUACCGCCCCUGCGUACGGCGAGUGUACGGUGGUGUUUCUGCUCGAGCUGCUGGUGAAGGUGUUGAUACAGAACCGCGACCGACUGUUGCCGGUUUGGGCGCGGGUGCAGGAAAAGCUGUACACCCUGUUGGUGGGUGCGUCCACGAACGAGUACACCUAUCUGCUGCAGCGCACCACCGUUGCCCUGCUCAAGCUGGCCAUCUAUCUGAUGCGCAACGAGGAAAUCUGCUCCACCAUACUGCAGAGUUUGCGCAUGCUGCUGGCACUGCGGCCGGCCGUCAUACUGGCCAUCUCGAAACCGAUCUCGAUCGGUAUGUACGAGCUGCUGAAAACAAGUGCCCAAAACAUCCACACCGAAGCCGAUUGGGUGAUCGUGUUUACCGUGCUGGAAUGCGUCGGAGCAGGCGCAAUGCCGCCGGAUUACUCCACCGAGCAGCAGGGCGCGGUUAGUGGUGCCAAAUCGGACAGUGCGCUAAGCAGCGAGGAAGAUUCGGGUCUGCCCGACCGUGGCUACAUUUCCGACUCGGAGCUGAGCACGGCCACGCUACCUUUGGUAAGGCCGGUAGCGCCAGCUUCCACUCCGGCACCACCCGUCCCAAGCAGCCCGACCACGGGCGAUGCAUGGAUCAUGGUCAACAAGGAUGCGAUCGAUCUUGUGCCGGGUGGAUCCGGUGGCCAGUCGCCCGCCACCUCCGUUCGACACUCGAUUCAGUACCACUGUAAGCUGCUCGAGCACUCGCCGUUUGCGCUGGUGAAAUGUUGGGAAAGUCUGGCGUUUAUCGUGCGCAACGUGGCUCACAUUACGCCUUACAACUUUGAGAGCUGCGUGCGCUGCAUACGCACCUUUGUGGAAGCGUCCAUGGGCCAGACGCACCAUCAGCGUGAGUACCACCAGACGAGUAAAAGGAAGCCCGGAUCAUCGGCCAAGGACCGUCAGCGGAAGCGCGAAGGGGCAGCGCACCAGGGCGGUGCCGGAAUGUCCUCAUCCUCCUCCUCGUCACUCGCCCUGGACAGCAGCGAUAGUGAGUCGGAAGAGCUUCCGGAGCGUUAUCAGUCGAUAUCGAUUCAACUGCUCGAUUUGAUGCACACGCUACACACCCGCACGGCCCAGAUCUUCCGCUGGUGGGCCGAAGAAGGCGGCGCUGUGCCACAGUGCGCCUCGCUCUGGUCGCAGGGCUGGUGUCCGCUGCUGCAAGGCAUAGCACGGCUUGCGACGGAUCAUCGGCGACAGGUGCGCACCAGCGCCAUCACCUGCCUGCAGCGCGCUUUACUCGUCCAAGAUCUGCAGACGUUGACCGGAUUGGAGUGGGCGGGAUGUUUCAAGCAGGUGCUGUUCCCCUUGCUCCAAGAGCUGCUGCAGGAGAAGGCAACCGGUCCAGUUGAGGUAUCGCUGCUGGAAGAAUCCCGCAUUCGGACGGCCACGAUCAUGUCCAAAGUGUUUCUCCACCACCUGACGCCGUUGAUCGCGUUGCCCAACUUCCAGGAGCUGUGGCUGGAAAUACUGGACUAUUUCGAGCGGUUUAUGACGGCUGGCUCGGACAUGCUGUACGAGGCGGUGCUGGAAAGUCUCAAGAACAUGCUGCUCGUUAUGCAUUCGGUUUGCGUGUUUCACAACACGGACGGUGUGACGCAUUCGUUGCUGUGGGAUGUCACCUGGCAGCGGAUAUCCGGCUUUUUGCCCACGCUCAAGGAUGAACUGUUCAAGCACGAAGCCGCUCGAUCAUCGGUUAGUAUUGGUGGUAGUUCGGCAACAGGAAGUGCGGGCUCUGGAGCAUCCCACACCGGCCCAACGGUUCCACCGACGCUCGCCGGGGAGCAGCAGCACAUUCUCGAAGGCGGACAGAUCAAUAACAGCUCGGCCGUAACGGAAAGUAUUAAUCCGCGCGUUGUGCUCCAUCCCGUACCCGGUUCGACCGGUUCCGUACUGUCCUCUUCACCGCCGGAUGCAUUCGUUCCGCAGCAUCCGGGCCAUCCGGUGUCGUCGACGGUUGAAGUGCAUCGCACACCCGUCCACCGAGUAGCGCCCAGCAAUUUGCUUAUGAGCAACACGGCAACGAGCGAUUUUAAUGCACUGCCGCUGAUGUUGCCGCGUGUCACAACGUUACCACCGCCACCGGCAGCAUUACCAAUUCUCGGACAGCAGGAGGAUACACUGAACGUGCUGCUACCGUCUCCCGGAAGGGAUUCGAUGGCGCAACAAAACCAAACACCCGUUGCGUCAAACAUCAUUGAACUACCGGGAUGCGCGGGAGCGGCUCGUACACAGCAUUUGCCAAGCACACCGGACGCUAAAAAGCGCGAACCGGAAAGUGAGCCUUCGCCAGCCACUGCCGCAAUGAUCCCCGACCUAGAAGCUGGCAAUGUGCCGCUGAGCCAUCGUUUGGCAGGUUCGCAGUACCCUUCGCUGCAGCACGUACCGAUCGGUAUUGCGCAAAGCUUCGCACCGAUCUUCGUACAGCCAAAUCCGCUUCCGGCGGAAGCAUCCGACAUCUACUCGGACUACAUUAACGAUCCGUACAAUCUGACACUGCAAAUCGACAACGGUAGCGUUCCGAGCGUCGCAUCUGCAUCGAUCGAGGAAGGCCAAUCAAGCCCAACGCCGGUGGCGGCAACGCUAAUGACGACAACAACGACGGCAGCGACGACGACGCCGACACCAGCGCCGUCUGCGCAGUUGGCGAACGUAUUUCAAUCUGCGCAGUAUUUUAGUUUCCCGGCCAGUGGCCGUAUACCGCCCGGCUCGGAGAUGCUUUUCGGCGAACCGUAGACCCGUGCUUUUGUUCGGAGUUCUUAUUUUAAAUAGUGAACAUUCCUAGCAACCGCUUUUCAUUGUCGCUGACGAUUGUCGGUUGUUGUUGUGCCAGAGCAGGGGCGGCAACUUUUAGCAAAUUUACGUGCGGGGGAGCAGUCUGCAGCAUGAGUGAGACACAACCAACACUGGGCGCGCGGGUUAGGUGCGAUCGAAGCGCAGUCUUUUUCCGAAUUUUUGAAACGAUAAGGAAUGCAUAUUUCUUACGUAAAGCAGCACUUCCAUUGCUUCUAUCGUCGGACGGAGCUAGCUACUCGGUGUCUCUAGCGCCAUGGUAGCGCCAACGUAUUUAUAGGUGGCCACUUCCGUUCUGUUAGCAAAUUAGCGACUCGUAUUGUUUAUCACGCCGGCCGGAAGAGCGUUCUAAGGCUGGCGCUUGUUGUUCAAUUUUAAUUCCACUGUUUUGUGUCUUGUUUAGGGUUUUCCAAUUUAACACUAUCCGUUCCCGAUCUGUUGAAGCACCACUACUAGCAUCAUCACUCCCCCCGGGGGAGGGCAUGGGUAUAGAGGAGGUAGAGCUCUUAUUUAACCACAUGGUACUUGUUUUUAUCAAAUUAUCGCUCAGCUCAUUGAUGGUCUCGUCUUGGGAAGCUUGGAACACAAUUCACGAACGGCAUGCGUGGAGUAGACGGACACACACGCACGAAUGUCCCCUCUAACAUACAUUGUACGAUGUUCGAUAGCGAAAUGAGAUCAAAGUUUAAGAAAUAAAUAUAUUACCAAGUA